CCGGCAGCGGGCUGUGCCUCCGGGGCUCCAAAGGGCCCUCACGCACUCCAGCUGCUUAGAGUUUUAUUACCAUGUCCGCCCACGAAGAAGGAGGACGGGAUCCUCCCAAACCCAAGGGCAAGACCCUGGGGAGCUUCUUGGGGUCCCUGCCUGGCUUCAGCUCUGCCCGGAACCUAAUGGCCAGCGCCCACAGCUCAGCGAAAGAGGCCCAGCCAGUCGCCGAUCCUGCAGGAGCCUCUGCCCAGCCCCAGACUGAGGCAGCCACCAACCUGGAGCAGACGGCCCAUGGGGAGAAGCUACCACUCCCUUCAGAUAAGAUGACCUCUGGGGCAAAGGACCCGGUGUGCUCUAAGAUGACCAAGACCAAGGGUGCCAUCUCCUCUGGGAUGGCCAACAUGGUGGACACAGCUAAAGGUGUCGUGCAGGGAGGCCUGGGCAUGACCCGGUCUGCACUCACGGGCACCAAGGAUGCAGUGUCCACUGGGGUGACAGGGGCAGCGAACAUGGCCAAGGGCACCAUCCAGACUGGCCUGGACACCACCAAGACCGUCCUCAUGGGCACCAAGGAUGCAGUGUCCACUGGGCUCACUGGGGCAACGAACGUGGCCAAGGGCACCAUCCAGACUGGCCUGGACACCACCAAGACCGUCCUGACUGGCACCAAAGAUGCAGUGUCCACUGGGCUCACCGGGGCAGGGAGUGUGGCCAAAGGGACAGUGCAGACCGUUCAGAAUUGGUUACCUGGUACCCAGGACAGUGGACUCCCCAGUUACAGUGCCCCAGACAAAGGAGGGGAGCAAACUCUCCUGAGACCCCAGGAGGCUCUGUCCUCUGGGGUAUCCAGCGCCCCGGACACUCUCUGUACCGGCCUGGACCUUGCCAGGGAAGCCACUGCCGUGGCCACGGGCACCCAUGGGGCCACCCUGGGCAGGGAGGAUGCAGGACACGAAGGAGCCGUGAGCUUUGCAACGCUCCAGGACGAGCUGGGGGAGCUGGGGGAUAUCUUCCACCCCAUGGAUGCCGGGGAGCAAGCUCGGCUUGCUGCGUCCGAACCUGAGCCAAAGGUGCUCACGGCCGACCGCGGCAGCUAUUUCGUGCGUCUGGGUGACCUGGCCCCCGGCUUCCGCCAGCGGGCUUUUGAGCAUGCCCUGAGCCACCUGCAACACAGCCAGUUCCAGGCCAGGGCUGCGCUGGCCCAGCUGGAGGACUCCUUCGAGCUGAUUGAAAGGGCCAAGCAGGCUCCAGAAAGCCAGCCAUGGCUGGACCAGGGUCCGAGCAGCAGAGUGGAGGGAGCCGCUCCCCAAGAGGUGCCAGGCUCCGGGGCUCUGUCCAGGGCCUGCGGCCUCAUCCAGCAGCUCCACGUGGCCUACAGCACCCUGGCCUCCGGCCUCCAGGGCCUCCCCUCUGAGCUCCAGCAGCAUGUCGGGCAGGCGCGCCACAGCCUCUGUGAGCUCUACGGCCUCGUCUCCUCGGCCAGCUCCGUGGAAGAGCUGCCGGCACAGCGCCUGGCCCAGAGCCGUGGGGCCGUGGGCCAGGCAUGGCAGAAGCUGGAGCAGAUGCUGGAGAGUGUGCAGCACGGCCCGCCGCCCUGCUGGCUGGUGGGGCCCUUUGCCCUGCACCCCGCUGGGCAGCAGCUGUAGGUCCCUCCUGCCCACGGAGCCCUCCGCGGAGCCUUCUCCCCAGCCCAAACCAGUUCCAAAUCCCCGAAGGUCUGGACCCUGCACGCUGGCGCUGCCUAGCACCCGUGGGGGGCACCCAGGACUUUGAGUUCAGCCGCACCGCACACCCAGCUCUGGCCCUGCCUACGCCGUCCACCCUUUCUUCCCAAGCACCGCUGGGCCUUCUCCUGCCCCAGGGGCCCAGGGCUGCUAAGACCGCUGACAGAGGGCCUUCCCCUAAAGGUCUCAAGCAAGCACUCCAAUUAGAAAAGAGAAGUGGAAACAUGCCUAGGUCUAGAAGGUUCUCCAGUCAGCAGCCUCCACGAGGCACCCUUUCAUCUUUGGGGCAGCCCAGUCUAGGUCCUUUAGCUACGGGCACAGCAGGUGCUCCUCCAUCCUGGGCUCCUGGAGCACCGUCCUCACUCCAGAAGCAUACACCCCAGCCCUCAGCAAACUGUGUUCCAUUGUACCAGAAGGUACCAGAAUGCCACUGUCACCCAGCGUGGGCUCCCGCUGCCUCUGCUGACACCCAGUGUGGCCUCGGCCCACCCCCAGAGCUGAUGAUUUGUGGUCCCCAGGGCCCCUGGGCUGAGGAAGGAACGAGAGGUGUUUCCCGUGGGGGAUGGGGCCCUAGGGGGUAUAUGACAAAAUGUGCUCAACACGGUCCCACACUCACCCCAGGCUGGAGAACACGGGCUGGGACACACACAGCGUCCCCUCUUUCCCAGCCACACUGUCCCUAAAUGCCCAGGGCAGCCACGCGAGAUGGGUGGCACGUGAGGAAGCUGAGGCUCCCCCUCACUGGACCUCACCUGUCCUCCAGCUGGGGGGAGCCCUGCCAAGGAAGCCCUCAUAUCCCACCCACAACCCCCCCAAUCAGGCUACCUCCCUCCGUUAAGGAGGGCUUGAGGUGCCCUCAUACCAGCCCCCUCUCAGAAACUAUGGAGCGCUCCAAGCUCAGGACACGAGGCCAGCCUUCCCCAAAGGGUCGUCAUUAGUUCCCAGGAGCCGGCCAUGGUGAGACGCGGGGAUGGGUCCAGAAGCCUCUGGGGCCCCUUCCUCCUCAGUCUCCACCACAGGUGGAGGCGCUGGGCACACGGCCAUUCACGCCAACUGAGCAGUCACUGGAGCUUCAGUCCAGCCAGACCAAAUGGGGGGGCGCCAGGCUCAGAAGUCCCACACCGCACCACAGCCCCGGCUAGGAUGGAGGCACUUGACGAGGGGCAGGGCGGAGGACACACGGUGGACCCCACUGUUGAUGCAGGUGCCUGGCUGGGAACCACAUACACGUCUGUCCAAAUCCAUGUGCUGGCCCUGGGAGCCUGGGGCCACUUUACAGGUGAGGAACGAGAAGCCCAGAAUGGGAGUGCCACUUGUCCAAGGUCACAGAGCAAGGCCUGCCCCCAACACUCACAUCCUCUGAACAUCAAGGACAACGGCCAGCCCACAGCACCCCCCAAAGCCUAAAUGGCUUGAAUGCCCUAAGCUGCUGCUUCUGGGGACCCUGGGUCUUCCCUGCAGCCCGGCCAAGAGCAGGAAUGGGAGCAAGGCCUUGCAAGAAUGUCUGGGCUCUAGGAUGCUGCACGCGAGAGGAUCAGACUGCAGCCUCUGCUUGAGCCUGCGUUACUUCUAAAAUGGCCUCCCACCUCCCCUCUCCCUCACCGUCAGCUCUGCAGGCCCAGGCCGGGCAGAGGCAGUGUCAGAACCGAGUUCACAUUCGCUGUGAACGGUGACCUUGUGGCUUAAACCCUCUGUCCCUGGAGGGGCCCUAGACAGCUACACCAGCAAUCCUAGAAAACCAAGCCAAUAAAAAUGAUUUUCAUUAAAAAAA